AUGUUUCGCGCGCAACAGAAUGCAUUUGACGAUGCUGUCGCCAAGGCGACGGAUGAAAACCUGACAUCUGAGAAUUGGGAAUAUAUUCUGGAUGUCUGUGAUAAAGUUGGCUCUGAAGAAUCGGGUGCGAAAGAGGCUGUUGCUGCUAUGAUUAAGAGACUUGCUCAUCGGAAUGCCAAUGUGCAGCUCUAUACAUUGGAGCUCGGCAAUUCGUUGGCGCAAAACUGUGGACUUAAGAUCCAUCGCGAGCUAGCGUCCAGAAGCUUUACUGAUGCGCUACUGCGUCUGGCGAAUGAUCGGAACACGCAUCAACAAGUCAAGUCGAAGAUCCUGGAGCGCAUGGAGGAAUGGACAAAGAUGUUCGCGUCCAACCCCGACUUCGGUAUCAUGGAGCAGGCUUAUAUGAAGUUGAAAACUACGAACCCGAACUUGCAGCCGCCAUCGAAGCCAGGCAAGCGUGAGAUUACUGAUGUCGACCGUCAGAUGGAGGAGGAAGAACUUCAAAUGGCACUUGCUCUCUCCAUUAAAGACAAGCCCUCAGGUGCCCCUGCUGGUGCUCCCGCUACCCGAGCCGAGUCUUCAGCUGCGGCUACCUCGGCCUCGGUACCAGCACCUGCACUGGCCCAAGCCAAUCAAGCGGGGCCUGCUGAAGCCCAGCCAGUUCUAUCAGGCACGUCAGUAGCUACUGUGUCGCGCGUGAGAGCCCUGUUCGACUUCCAACCUUCUGAGCCCGGGGAACUUCAAUUCCGGAAAGGCGACAUUAUUGCAGUCCUCGAGUCAGUUUACAAGGACUGGUGGAAGGGAUCUUUGAGAGGCCAGACCGGAAUUUUUCCUCUCAACUACGUGGAAAAGCUGCCCGACCCGACUGUGGACGAGCUGCAGCGAGAGGCUCAGAUGGAGGCAGAUGUCUUUGGUCAAAUUAAGAGUGUUGAAAAGCUCCUUACAUUGCUGAGCACCCGCAACACAGACCUUAAUGUCUCGGAAAAUGAGGAGAUCAGCAAUCUCUACGAGGCUACUCUUAAGAUCCGUCCAAAGCUUAUCGAGUUGAUUGGCAAGUAUUCGCAGAAGAAAGAUGAAUUCACUCAGCUCAAUGAAAAGUUUAUCAAAGCUCGUCGUGAUUAUGAGUCCCUGUUGGAGGCAUCGAUGGCUCAUCCCGCACAGCCGCAAUAUGGCCGGCCUCUCCAACCCCAGUACGCAUACGCAGGUGCUGCGGCUGCUGGUUACGCAGGCCCUCCUCAAACCGAAGCGCGAUACUUCAGCCCCAGACCCCAAGACACGACACCAGUCCAGGCGACUGCACCAUACUACGGCGGCGAGCAGACAAUGCCAUACCGCCCAGCAUCCCACUCCCCUGACCCCCGCAACCAGGUUCCAGCUAUGGCACCACCAGUGCAGCAGCAGGCACUUCAAUCCGACCCCUACGCACCUGUCCAGCACCGUCCCCAGUCUACAUAUGACCACCCCCAAGAACUAGGAACAUCCGUCUAUGAUUCCCCCGUUGACCAUGCUGUUCCUGCUCAGCGCCUGCCUUAUCCCCCAGGAUCCCAAGCCCAAGCCCAUCCUGCUGGUCACCAGCAAUUCCAGCAGCAACAGCAACAACAAGACUACUCGCCAUCGGUCUACUCCACCGAUGACACACCUCAGAUCCCUCCAGUGUCCACCAUGCCCCAACAAAUCCCCCACCAAUUCCAACAACCCCCAUACCCCAACUCCCCCGCCGCCCACCAACCCCCACCCUCGCAUCAGCCUCCCCCAGUCCCUGGCACAACAUCACAGCCGACACAGUACACAUCAUACAGUCCGGCGCCUCCAGCUCCCGCAGGCACGGGCGAGUACCAGGCCUACCAGCCCCCACAGGGCGGGGCAGCUGGGUCUAACCCGGCUUCGUUUUAUCGGUGA